AAAAAAAAAGAGAGAGAGAGAGAGCAGGCAUGAGGACAACGCCCCCCUCGCUAAUUCGCCGGCUCGCGCCAUACUUGUCGGCCCAGGUCCGCCGCAAUUCGAGGCUUCUCAGCUCAACCUCCGCCGUACCGAAGCCUCAGUUAGCUUCAAUUGAGUCUCCAUCUCAGUCGCCCGACGCCGUACAUAUGACCGACAGCUGUGUCAGACGAAUGAAAGAGUUGCAAGCGGGCGAGAGUAGUAAGAAGUUGCUGCGUUUGAGUAUAGAAGCUGGAGGUUGCUCGGGCUUCCAGUAUAAUUUUUCACUCGACGAGAAGACCAAUUCUGAGGACAGGAUUUUUGAGCAGGAUGGAGUAAAAUUAGUAGUUGAUAAUAUCUCAUUUGACUUUGUGAGAGGCGCAACUGUUGAUUAUGUUGAGGAACUUAUACGUUCGGCUUUUCAGGUGUCGACAAAUCCAAGUGCAGUGGGUGGAUGUAGCUGCAAAAGCUCUUUUAUGGUGAAGUAGAAUACAUGUUACCACAAAGCCAAGAAGAUCGCUAACCGAGAUUCAUGUAAAUGUUAUUCUGGUAUCAAGAUUUGUCCUUGUUCGAUUGUGACUGGAAAAAAAAAAAAGAGAGAGAGAGAGAGAGAGAGAGAGAGAGAGAGAGAGAGAAAG